CCUUCCCUCCCUCCUAGCCGCCGUCGUUGGCGUCCGGCGCCGGGCCUGGCCGGGCGCUGGCAGCGGCGGCCGCUAGCCAUUCCCCUGUCGGAUCUCGCUCACGCGGGGCGGUGCGGCGCCGCAGGGUGCUCCUAGGCGGUGGUGGUCCGGCGCGGCGGCGGGGAUCUCCGGUGUGGUAGCGGGGCGAUCUACUAGGCGGCGGCGCGGCCGUUGGCAGCGGGGUGACGCGGCGGCGCGAUCUGGCAGCGCCUGCUCGGCCCAGAUCUAGGCCCUUCGGGCCCCAUCUGGGUCUGGGCGGGCCAGCUGCUGGGAGGGUCGUCGGCGUGGCUUUCGGGAGGCGGAGGAGCGGCGAUGGGUGGGUCGAUGCUAGCGGCGCUGGUGCCGCCCCGCUGCAGCAUGGCCGGCGAGGCUUUGCGGGCCUGAUUUAGGCCUUGCCGGGCCAAGGGUGGCCUGGUAUGCCCCACUGCUCCAUACGAACGGCGACCAUGAUGGUGCCGGAGGCAUGGGCCUCCCACACGACGGCGGUGGAGAUAGUUCCCUCCCGCGCGGCUCCGGUGCUGCUGCUCCCGUCGCUUGUGAAAAUGGAUGGGAACACUAGAGGAGGUGGACAUUCUGAAGCAUUGAAGAGCUACAAUCUGGGCAAAACAUUAGGUGCAGGCACAUUUGGAAAAGUGAUGAUUGCAGAGCAUAAACUUACAGGACACAAAGUUGCUAUAAAGAUUCUGAACCGUCGUAAAAUGAAAACUAUGGUAAUGGAAGAGAAAGCAAAUAGAGAAAUAAAGAUAUUGAGGCUGUUCAUUGACUUCAUUCACCCUCAUAUCAUCCGGAUUUAUGAGGUCAUUGAAACACCAAUGGAUAUAUUUGUUGUGAUGGAAUAUUGCCCGAAUGGCGAGCUAUUGGACUACAUUGUUGAGAAAAGGCGGUUACAGGAAGAUGAGGCUCGUCGAAUCUUCCAGCAGAUUAUAUCUGGUGUUGAAUACUGCCACAAAAACAUGGUUGUUCAUCGUGAUCUAAAGCCAGAAAACCUGUUGCUUGAUUCCAAAUAUAAUGUGAAACUUGCUGACUUUGGGUUAAGCAAUGUGAUGCAUGAUGGCCAUUUUCUGAAGACUAGCUGCGGGACUCCAAACUAUGCUGCACCAGAGGUAUUCACUUAUUUGUAUUAUUUGAUUCCUUAUCCUCAUGAUUCUUCUCACGCAUCAUCUGGGUUAAUAGCUUUAACGAUUGUUUCUGCGCAGGUUAUCUCAGGUGAAUUGUACGCUGGACCUGAGGUUGACGUCUGGAGCUGUGGGGUGAUACUUUAUACUCCACUUUGUGGUGCUGUUCCAUUUGAUGAUGACAGCAUUCCCAAACUGUUCAAAAAGAUAAAGGGAGGUUUCUAUAUCCUUCCAAAUCAUUUAUCAGAUCUUGCAAUGGAUUUGAUUGCAAGAAUGCUUAUUGUUGAUCCCAUGAAGAGAAUCACAAUCCGUGAAAUUCGAGACCACCCAUGGUUUCAGAGUCGCCUUCCACGCCACCUGGCAGUGCCUCCACCAAACACGGCACAACAAGCCAAAAUGAUUGAUGUAGAUACACUUCAAGAUGUUGUCAAUCUGGGAUAUGAUAAAGAUGAUGUGUGUGAAUCGCUGUGCAAUAGGCUCAAAAAUGAGGAAACUGUUGCAUAUUACUUGCUCUUGGACAAUCGGUUCUGGGCUGCUAGUGGCUAUUUGGGGGCUGACUAUCAACAAGCAUUGGAUAGGAGUUUUAAUCAAUUUACUCUAUCGGAAUCAGCAAGCCCAAGUACCAGGUAUUAUCUUCCAGGAAGUAAUGAUUCUCAAGGCAGUGGCUUGCGGCCAUAUUACCGCGUUGAAAGAAAAUGGGCUCUUGGGCUCCAGUCUCGAGCUCAACCUCAUGCGAUAAUGAUUGCGGUUCUAAAAGCACUUAAGGAAUUAAAUGUCCGUUGGAAGAAGAAUGGGGACUACAACAUGAAAUGCAGGUGGUGCCCUGGGUUUCCUCAGAUCAGUGAUAUGUUGUUGGAUGCCAACCACAGAUUUGUUGAUGACUCUACCAUCAUGGAUAAUGGCGGUGUUAACAGGAGGCUACCUGCUGUGAUCAAGUUUGAAAUCCAGCUUUACAAGACCAGGGAUGACAAGUACCUGCUAGAUAUGCAUAGAGUUACUGGACCUCAGCUCCUCUUCCUGGAAUUUUGUGCGGCCUUCCUUACCAACCUUAGGGUUCUAUAGCUACCUCAUGUUCUGGUUGAGUGGUGAAUAGCAAAACAUAUGACUGUCCCAUGGGUGCGGUUCAUUGUCGCAACGGUGAGUAAGUGAUGGUGUGCAAGUAUAUAUGUUGUGCGUUUCAUCUUCGGUUUACCCAGUCCCUGACAGAGAACCGUGUUUGUUUGAGUGACUAGUCCUGUGUCAAGCACCAAAAAGGUUAAAUGGUUGUUAUAAAUAAGAAUUAUGUAUGGUAAA